AUGAACCGUGCAUGCUGCAACCUGGAAAGGGAGAAGGAAUGGCAUAAGGUUCUUAUGAGGAGUAGAGAACGUCGCUUUUGUGACAAGGUCGGUGCGCUCAUCGAUCAUUUCCCCGAGGCGUUUGAAAUGCAUUGGAUGAGACUUGAGUCGGUUAUGCUCAUUGAAGCAUGCAAAUGGAUGAAUAUAGGAAGAGGAUAUGCCCAAAUGUCGAUGCCCAUAUGCCCGAUUGCUUGA